ACAUCUUUCUCAUCCUUUCCUCCCCCUCCACAAAAUCCUUCAUCUCAAUUUCAACCAGCUUCCGAUCUGUUUCUCUCUGUCUCUAUCUCUCUGUGAAUCAUCUUUCCUCGAACAAAUCUAUCCUUCUAAUUCGAAAAGCUACUCCCUUUGCUUAAGCAAUCAGAACCCUUCUUCUUCUUCUUCUUCUCUUCGAAAUAGUUCUGAUCAAGCCCAUGUCGAUCCCAAGAAGCACAGGAAUGGAUGCCCCUUUCUUUUAUGAGUUCAAGAAGCAAGCUACGUUUUUUCUCAGAGAAAAGAUCAAGCACGCUCGGUUGGCUCUCACUGAUGUCACUCCUGCUGAGCUACUGACGGAGGAAGCAACUAAUGGAAAUCCAUGGGCGCCGGAUGCAAAGUCGAUGAGCUUCAUCUCAAGAUCAGCUUUUGAGAUCGAUGAUUUCUGGAGAAUAGUGGAUAUUCUGCAUAGGAGGCUGGCUAAGUUUGAUUUGAAGCACUGGAGAGAAUCAUACAAUGCUUUAGUACUUCUCGAGCAUCUUCUGACUCAUGGACCAGAAAGCGUUGCAGAUGAAUUCCUGUGUGAUAGAGAAGUCAUACAGAGAUUGGGCAAUUUCCAGCAUAUUGAUGAGAGAGGGUUUAAUUGGGGAUUGGCUGUGAGGAAGAAAUCAGAAAGGGUUCAGAAGUUACUUGAGAAGGGUCCAAUGCUCAAAGAAGAGAGGGAUAGAGCUCGAAAGGUUACAAGAGGGAUUCAAGGAUUUGGGAGCCUGAACCACAGAUGGUCUCAGGGAAGCCAGGAUGGAUUUGAGUAUUCAUCUGAUUACUUUGGAAGAUGCAAUUCUCAUUAUGAGAGUUAUAGCAAGAAUGAUGACGCAAUUUCCGAGAAACUAAACCAGAAUUCUCAUUCUAACGCUGGAAGUGAUGACCUGCAGAAAAACGUGAUUUUGAUAGGAGAAAGAUCCAUGAAAACUAAUUUUGCUGAAAGUACCUAUGAAAGAUUAGCAGACGAAGAAGCAAAUCCUGAUGAUGAAGAAGAGAGCAAGGGAUUGCCAAAUGAAGAUCUGAAACAACUAUUGUCAGUUAAAGAUGUGGAGAGACCAAAUAUUGAGUUUCAGAAAGAAGAACACCACCCAUUUGUCUUCAAUCAGCCUCACAGAAUGGAAUCAAUGAUCCUGUUGAGCCAAUCUUGAGAAAUUUUAAAUUUUUGGCAUCUGAUGGAAUCAAAGAAGCUUGCACCACUUUCUCAGCGAUGCAGCUAUGAGAAAAUCUAGGAAUGAAAUCAUGAAGAACUGAUGAGGCUAUCUCACCUCUCUUUUCAUUUUAGCUUUGUAGAUAUGCUCAUGUAUGACUAUUGUAUUCUGUUUCAGCUUUUGUUCUCUUUUGUUGUUUGUUUUCUGGAUCUGAAUCUUAGUGUGGCCGGAGUUUAUUGGUGUUAAUACUUUUUCUCCAAUAGGAGUUGUGAUUGGUUUAGCAGACUAA